AUGAGAAGAAACAGCCUCUCGGGGCAGAAGCUGUGGUCAGCAUACGGCCGGUGGAAAGCCCUCACCUCACUGAGGCGAUCGCAAGAAGCAUCACACAUAUUUCAGCAAAGAUUAUGUUUUUCAUGCUCUUCGAAGCUCUCUCACAACCCAGACCGGCAAGCUCGUGAGAACAGGGUCCAGCUCCCCGACACACCAUGUCGUACCCGAUUUGCGCCUUCACCAACGGGAUACCUUCACCUAGGUUCAUUAAGAACUGCCUUGUUCAACUACCUCCUUGCCAGAGCUACUGGUGGUCAGUUUGUGUUGCGCAUUGAAGACACAGACCAGAGCCGUCUUGUACCAGAUGCAGAGUCCAAGCUGUAUGAAGACCUGAAAUGGGCUGGUCUUUCAUGGGAUGAAGGCCCCGAUGUAAACGGGCCAUUUGGUCCGUACAGACAAUCUGAAAGAUUGCCCCUUUACCAUCAACAUGCCGCCGAGCUCCUGGCUGAAGGUAAAGCCUACCGGUGCUUCUGCACACCCGAAGCCCUGGAAGACCACAAGAGGAUCGCAAAUGCAGCCGGACAGCCGACUUUGUACCCUGGGACAUGCAGUCACAUCUCACCUGCCGAGUCAGAGGAGAGGGCACACAAAGGCGAGAAGUUUGCCAUCAGAUUCAGAAGCGCAAAGACCCCUACGGCUGUGAGAGACAUCGUCUACAACCACUUCAGGAAAAAGGAGUUUGAAGAUGACUACAUCAUCAUCAAGAGAGAUGGAUUUCCGACUUAUCACUUCGCCAAUGUGGUGGACGAUAAACACAUGGAGAUCACGCAUGUGAUCAGGGGCGCUGUAAGUAAACAAACAAACCCCUUUCGGAUCGACAGGGCUAACACAAGCAACCAGGAAUGGCUCAUUUCUACACCCAAACACGUCGAGCUCUACAAUGCUUUUGGCUGGGCUCCCCCACAGUUCGGUCAUCUGGGUUUGUUGGUUGAUGAGAACCGCCAAAAACUCAGCAAACGCCACAGUGGUGUCAGUAUGACUUGGUAUCAAGAGCACGGAAUCCUACCCCAGACCCUACUGAAUUUUGUGGCCCUGUUGGGCUGGCGCGGACGGGACACCGCCGCCACCGGGGGUGCCAAAAAGAAGUCCGGCCCCAACGGAGACGUCAUGAGUCUGGACGAGAUGGUUGACAUUUUCAACCUCAAAUUCUCCAAAGGCGACAUCAUCGUCUCCCUCUCCAAGCUCUCUUUCCUCCAAACCCAGCACCUAAAACUCCUCCCCCAAACCUUACCGUCCAACCCGUCCCUGCUCGCCGACCUGCAAACUCGGCACAUCACCCCCUUUAUGGACUUUUUAUCCUCGGUCGAGUCCCUCCGCUCCCGGUCCCCCUCCCCCGAGAUUCCUUCUUCCCUCGGCCUCCACCUCCUCGGCGACCGGAUCCCCAAUCCAAGAAUCUUUUCGGCCCCGUACGUGGCUGACCUGGUGCAGAUAAUUCUCAAGUCUCAAGCCCACCUAGCAAAGUCUACCACUAACCCUCCCACCACCCCAGAGGGGAAUCUCGUCCCUUGUGAGCACAAUCACCCCCGUACACCCCCGGCGUUUUUCCCCCUGCGGUAUCUAUACUGGACUUUAUCCCCUUCUGCCCUGCGAUCGUCUCUUGAAACCUCCUGCAUUGACCUCUCUACUGUCACGGUCAACUCGCAACCUUGUUCGUUGAGUCAGGCUGUUGAUUGGCUGAUUGGUGAGUUGAAGGGUAUUCCUGAGGAGGAGUGGACAAAGGAGUAUAUUUCCCUGUUUUUGGCCCAGAGAAAAGAGGCGAUUGGGUUUAAGGAGGGGGAGAAGGUGGCUAGGAACACGUGGAAGAUAUGUCGAUGGGCGGUUUUGGCUGGGGAGGAGGGGUUGACGGUGCCGCUUAGUAUGGAGGUUUUGGGCAAGGAGGAGACGGUGAGGAGGUUGGAGGCUGCGGGGGGGGUGGCAAGGGAGGGGGAUAGUGGUGAUGGGGGUGAUGCUUUUGCUGCUGGGGUUGUGGGGGAGGGGGCGUUGGGGGCGGCCGGUGCUGGUACUGGCAAGGGAGGGGAGGUGGAGGCGGGGUCGUGGACGGAUGUGCUGCCUGAUAUUGAGAUGGGGGAUGUCAUCUUGGAGAUAGAGAAAACGAAAAACGACUGUGUGAGAAGAAAAAGAGAUGGGAAAAGUCAAAAGGGGCGUGGGGAAUUGGUGGGAUCGGCCUGGUCCCGGUGCUGUAAAGCUUCGGUUUGUCAUCGCCGGCAGUAUUCAGUCAGCUGUAUAAUAAAAAGAAGCACACCCGUUUCGGGGUUUCAGUCUCGCAAAAGGCGAUACUCAAAGCCUGAAACGGGAGUGCUUUUUCUCCACCUGACUGAAUGCUGUCGGCGGUGA